GUCGUGAUUCCGGAUCCGAUGACGCUAAACAGGAAGCCUUUCGUAAGUCAUGUCACGUUGCCUGUUCUCUUCUCUGACCUUUCCCUUAGUUGACUAGGAAUAAUGGCUUGAGGCCAGUAGACACCCUAAGCGCACCGCCGCCAGGUUCGAGAACGCAAUACCUCAUGCAAAGAACCAACACAUCCCGCCCUCAAUCAAGGGAGCACACCUCAUCCGCCCGGGUCGGAGUUCGUGCGAACGAUCACGCACAUCCACUCAAGCGACGAAAGGUACAUGAUCCUCGAGAGGAAGGGCAUAGCACUACAACCGCCAUUCCCUUAGACGACAGCCAAAUCACCGAAGACUCACCCGAUGAACUCCAGCUCAGCCCGGACGUGAAGAGUGGUCAAAGUUCUGGUAUCCUUCGGAGGCGUGACGAGUCCCAGCGCGGGAAAAUGGGCUCUCAUAAGACUCCAGCUGAGCAAGCGCACGAGACUCAGCGAGCAUCAAGCGAAUUGGAGCGAGCGUCUCCGAAAGACGAAAGUCAAUUCACCAAGAUGUCGGCAAAGCAACGAAGGGAGGAAAAGGAUGGAAUCUUGCGGAGCUCGUCUCCAACUCCUCUUGGACAGAAAACCCCAGCCGUUGCUAAGUCCCCGUAUUUUAGCAAGCCAGGAGCCUUGGCAGCAGCUCGGCGCAAGGGGCAGAUACCCAACCACACAAGGGUGUUGCAGCAGGAAAGCCCCGAUGCACUGCAGGACGAUGACGCACAGUUUGGUCGUACGCCCCCCGCGAAUGGUCCGACAAAUUCUUACUCGAGUAUGGGCGCGAAGGAACGAAUUGCCCCCCUUAUAGCUGGAAAAAAACGCGAUUCUGUUGCUGCCAGGCCCGAAAACACACGCACAAGCGGACAGCCUGAAGUCAACUCAUGGAACUUACGCGAGAUCAUUGGCGCCGACCUUCCUGUCCAUCCGAUUUACGUUGUGCAGGUUGACGAGAAUCACAAAAUGAUGCUGAUCAAUACCAACAUGGAACAACUGGGAAACGAGCCUCUCUUUCGGCAGUCGCUGGAGAAGCUGAUUGGCAUCCGGUAUGCGAGCAAGUGCAACAUAGUCAGACUCGAAUUCUCGCGCAGCAGCGACCACCUCGAAGCGAAAUCUUAUCUUAGGUUCGAGUCGGAGAAACCAGCGUGGGACUUUGUGACUUUGCUGCUAGGCCUGCUCACACACCUACGUCUUCCGCCUACAGACACUGAAUGGCUGGAAGACGCUUUGGCAAAGGCGAAAGAGAACCCGCCCCGCAUUACUCGUAGAGGAGACAUGUCCCUACCAUCGCAUGCCAGCAAGGAGCAGCCUACGAAGACAUCCACAGCCGUGAAGUCCCUGAAAGCACACACUGGUGAAAAGCUCGGUCGUCUCAUUGACCGACUCGACGCGCGUCGCUCAACUCCCCUACAACGUACCGUCAUCACAGGACAUGAGCGCUCGGGGCUUGAGGAAUCUAAAGAUCAACACACCGGCUCUGUCGACCAAGGCUCGUCGCAGGAUAUAUCAAUGAAAAGAAAGCAGACCGAAGUAUCACUCCCCACACGGCGGGUCACACGAUCACGAGACCACAACGAGGCGCUUACGAGUGAGCAUAUCUUGACUGAAAGUCGGCCCAAGCCAAAACUAUCAGAAAGAGAAGUACUCGGAGAUCCCUGGAAGAAUGAUCUGGCAUACCCUGUUUCCGACAAGAAGGUUGCCAUCGUACCAUUCGAAGACCUCAGAAGACUCAACGAUGACGAAUAUCUCAACGACAAUCUCAUUUCUUUCUUUGUGCAAUACUUGGAAGCGUACCUCGAGAAGACAAAUGUGGCCGCAUGGAGAAGAAUCUAUUUCUUCAACAGCUACUUUUUUGACACUUUAACCAGGACACCAAAGGGCAAGAAAGGCAUUAACUAUCAAGGCGUCAGUAAGUGGACGAAGAACCUCAACCUCUUUAAGCGCGACUUUGUGGUGGUCCCUGUGAACGAAAACUUUCAUUGGUAUCUCGCCAUCAUUUGCAACCUGCAAUAUUUCAUACCAGAAGCCGAAAGAGAAGCUGCAGGGCAGGUCGACGAAGAUGAUACACCGGCUGACCAGCCUGGCGAGCAGCCAAAAUCACAUACGGAAGAGACGCAGAAAUCUUUGGCUGAACUCUCUAUCAGUGACAGUGAGACUGGUCAGCAAAACAAAGCACAAUCGAAAAAGGGUCGUGGUCGACGUAAGUCUGGCCCAUUACGGAAAUACGACAUCAAUAAGCCUGUCAUCAUCACUCUGGAUUCUCUUGGUACCCCACGUUCUGCUACGUGCUCGAUUCUCAAACAGUAUAUCGCCGCUGAAGCUGAAAACAAAUUGGGACUGGUCAUUGAUACCGGCCACAUUCAGGGUAUGACUGCCAAACAGAUUCCCACCCAGAGCAAUUUCAGUGACUGCGGGCUGUAUUUGUGCAUGUACCUGGAGCAAUUUGUCGCAGACCCCGACGGAUUUGUGUACCGCAUUCUUCGGCGGGUGGAAAGCGCCCAGCAGUGGCCUGAAAAGAUCUACAGUCACGAGCUAAGAUCGAGGCUGCGCGAUCUGCUGCUCGAACUACAUCGACGACAGGAAAAUGAGGAAUCGAGAAUGGAUGUCCCUGGGGUUAGCGGCAUCAUGAUCCAGAAGAAGCUACGACCUCCUGAGGAGGCAGUUUCCGGCAUACAACCGACCAGAGAAGAAAUUGGCGCGGCAAGAUCGAGAUACCAUACCGUGGUGGACGAUUCCAAUGCCUCGCCUCCAGUGAAUAUCAAGCAUUCCGAGGACGCAGCCAAGCGAACAGGCGAGCCUUCCGAGAAGUGUCUUGUUGCUGAUGAAGACCAUUCGGACGUACAGGCCCAGAAUCAGAGACUCGAAGUCCCUGACGCGACAUCGGAAGCUCGCCCGAGAAAGCGCCCAGAGAAUGGACGAGAUGUUAAAGAGGAAGGUUUCACGCACUCAACACCUGCGCAGUGUGCGGCCCAACUCCGAGAACAAACUCAUGAACGUGAGUCGAGGAAGAAGAUGAGAAUCGAUCACAACGAUGACGCGAGGAGGAGGGCUCGGUCAGUCAGUGCAUCGACAGACUUUCUCACUGGGACCGAGAGCUAUAUUGCCUCAGGUACACCCCCCUUCCUCCCUGAUGGCCAUGCUGGUAGAAGAGAAGAAAGUCCUGAAGUCGUUCAUGUGAGAAGAGUCUCGGCGUUCGAAGCUACGCACGGACGACGUAAACGGAAAAGACAGUCUGAGGAGCCCCACAACGAGGUCGAGCAAGCGAAACCUGGAUCCGACACCAGAACAGAGAUCCCGGAGACACAAGAAAGUAGCGGCAUGGUGGAGCAAACGGAGCUGCCAAUCAAGAAGAAGGAGAUCUUGGUGUUUCAGACAUUCGAAGACGAAGAUGCCGCAGGGCUCGCAGGCGACGGAAUUGACACACUGAAUGCAGAUGGAGAAGAGGAAAUGCUUGUAUGAUGAAUGGGUGGAAGGCAAGCUUUGCUUUAGCAGCAUUUGGCCGUUAAUGCCUCUUCAUAUUGGGAAACUAAUGAAUGAGUCUUUUCUUGUGGUCAUUGAAAAAGGCUAGUGCCUUACUUCACACAGGGAACAGUG